ACAUGACCUCGGUAGGUUAGCAUGUCCGAGUCUAUUAGUGGAGGCUAUCUUGUUCAAGAUGGCGGCGUUCUUUCCACACCUGUUGUUUCUGACUGCGGCGAGUUUUUCAGUCGUCUUCGGCUGCCCCAACGGCUUUGUCCGCCAUGAUGACUCCUGCUACAAGGUGUUUCCUGAGAAGGCCACCUGGCCGGCAGCUGUGGCGUACUGCAAAGACUUCGGACUGAACCUGGCAAAGGUGGAGAGUCAGCGAGAACACGACUUCCUGAAGAACUAUGUGACAUCCAUCAAAGCGCUGUACCCAGGCUCCGUGGACUUCUGGCUGGACGGGACCAACAUGCUGUCCGGUGAUUGGAUAUGGGCGUCUACAGGGGAGACAAUCAAGCAGUUCUUCUGGCGCCAAGGGGAACCCAACAACCUGUCUCCAGGGGAACGCUGCCUCUCCAUGCAUGCCGACUACUCCUGGGAUGACGAGCACUGCAGCUAUUCAGAAGCCUUUAUAUGCGAAGUCGAUGCGUCAGUCAACCCGGGGAAUCUGUUCGGCUGAAGGACAUACUUUACGAAGACGUCUUCCGUCUGUUUGUUUGUCGAAUAAAACACAUGCAGCAUCGGUACGCUGCUGUUUUGAAUUAA